AUGGUAUUUAUUUUUUAGUAACUACAUCUUCUUUGUGGUAAGAUAAAUAUUAAUUUAGAAUGCAAAUAUCUAGUUGUAACAGAUAUUACAAAUGAAAGUGCUGUAAGUUUAUGGUCAGAUGAAACUUAAAGCCUCCCUAAAUCGUAUUGUUCGAACAUGUUAUCAGAAAAUUACAUAGGUUAAGAUACUAGUUAAAACUAAAUAUAUUGGAUGAGAACAUAUUCUUUACCUAAAACUAAUAAGGUUUAUGUAUAUUUUGAGUUUUCUUUAUCUGGGAAUUGGAAUGAUGAGGAAAUUCAAAUAUAUGCUAAUGAUUAAAAAGUUUACUCAGAAAAAUUCAUACUCACAGAUACCAGUCGAGAUUGUAAUUAAAGGUAUAAAUUUUGAUUGAAGCAUAGAUUUCUUUAUGAAUCCUAAGUAUAUUUUGUAAUAAAAAUGAGAUUGGAAUCAUUAAAAUUAGAAAUAAAAGUCAGUAAGAUUAAUUUAGGGAUUUAUAUAAAAAAUUUAAUUUUAUCAUAAUAAUAAUAAAGAGGGAGAAAUGAAAUUCUUGAAAUUAUAGAUUAUAUACCCGCAUGUAAUACUAAUCAUAAAUUUGAACAAUAUUAUUGCAAAUGCUCAGAUAAUUUUGUUUAUUAAUCUAAUUCCUGCAUAGAAACUUGUAGUUAAAAUUAUUUGUUUUAAGCAUCUGAAAAAAUGUGUUUUCUAAAAGAUUAUUGUUCUGCAUGUAUAGGUGCUUAAACAACAUUAAUUUGUAAUACAGGAUAUUAUAAAUAUUAUGAAUCUGAUAUUAAGUAAUCAAAUUGUGUUAAGAAAUGCCCAAAUAAUUUUUAUUAAGAUGAAAUAGCAAAAGCAUGUUCAAAUAUGAAAUCCUAUCUUUAAACUAAUUAAAAUGGAGGAUGUAAAUUUUUAAUAUAAAAUUUUAGAGUAGGUUAAUCAUUAUUAUUUUUUUAAAACUAUUUAAGAAUUUAUGCACUAUUAUAAAUCUAUUCAUUUUCUGACAACUGUUGUAUCAGUUCCAGAAAAAAUAAAAGAAAGAAGUUUUUUUUAUAAUGGUGGAAGAUUUACUGUAGGUUCAUUCGAUACAUUUUAAUCAUAAAAGGUGUAGAUCACAUAAAACAUUAAGAAUUCUUAACAUAAAAUACGUUUCAGAGCAAUAGCUUAUUUUAUUGAUUUUAAUCCUACAAAAUUUGACAUCACUAUUAAUGGUGUAAAGUAAACAGCUGUAACUUUAACAAUUAACAAUGAAAAUAGAUUAUAAUCAACAAAAUCAGAUUAUAUAGCUUAUUUAGAUUACACUUGGGUAAGAACAGAAUUAUAUCCAUUAACUUAAAAUACUUUUCUUUUUGAAAUAGAAUAACCACAAUAAGGUGGAAAUUAUAUUGGAAUCUUUUAUUUAGAUGAUAUUAAUGUUUAUCAAUUUCAAUGUUAAGCUGGAUGUAGUAGCUGUUUUACAUACUCUAUUUGCACUCCUUGUAUUUAUCCAGCAAAUAAAGAUCCUGCUGAUUGUUCAUGUUUAACAGGAUAUUUGAUGAAGGAUAAUUAGUGUCUAGGUAUUAUAUAAUUUGAAUAUAGCUUGUCCAACUUAUUGUACUAUGUGUAUAACAGCUGGAGUAUGUGUAGAUUGUUUAGUAUCAACAAAAAGAAUUAAUUCUCCAAUUUGUGAUUAAUGUCCUAUAAAUUAUUAUUUAGAAAAUGGAAAUGUAAAUUGUUAACCUUGUUAAACUGGAUGUCAUUAAUGUAUAAUUGGAACUUCUUGUGUUUAAUGUGCAAAUGGAUAUUUUAGAAAUCAAACUAAUUAAUGUAUAACAUAAUGUCCAGAUGGAUAGUUUAAUGAUUCUAGCAAUGUAAAUGAUCCUAAAUGUAGUAUUUGUGAUACUAACUGCAAAAAUUGUCAAACAUUAGCAACAACUUGUACUGCAUGUAAGGGAUUAGCUAUUCUUGUAUCAGGACAUUGUUAUUUAUGUACUGAAGGUCAAUAUUUAUCAGAUACUACUUGUGUACCAUGUAUAAAUAAUUGUUAAAAAUGUUCUACUAUCACUUGCACAACUUGUUAAGAUUCUUUUUAUUAUAAAUCAUCAACUAAUGAAUGCCUUACUAUUUGUGAUCCAGGAUAUUUUGCUAAUACAUUUACAUAAACAUGUGAUUAAUGUCAUUCUAGUUGUUUAACAUGCUUAGCUGGUACAACUGAUGGUUGUCUUACAUGUCCAUCAGGAAAAGUGCUUAAUGUCCAAAAUAUCAUAAGUGGAGAAUGUUUCAGUAACUGCUUACUUGGAUUCUAUAAAGUAGAUGAUAUUUGUGUCAAAUGUUGGAAAGGUUGUUCUGCAUGUAUUGAUUCAACCUAAGGUUGUUUAACAUGUGCAAGUAAAUUUUAUAGAUUGAGAACUACUGGUUGGUGUUAUUAAACAUGUCCUGAUGGAUAUUAUAAUAAUAAAAUAGGUUAUGUUUGUUCUCCUUGUAAUUCUUCUUGUAAGACUUGUAAUGGAUUUUUUGAGGAAAAUUGUCUAUCUUGUAAUCCUCCUUUAGCUUAUUUUGAAAAUUAAUGCUUGAUAGAAUGUUAUGAUGGUUAUGGUAGCUUCAACAAUAUCUGUGAACCAUGUGCAGCAAAUUGUAAAAAAUGUUUUGGUACAUAACCAAAUUAAUGUUUUNGUUUUACAUACUCUAUUUGCACUCCUUGUAUUUAUCCAGCAAAUAAAGAUCCUGCUGAUUGUUCAUGUUUAACAGGAUAUUUGAUGAAGGAUAAUUAGUGUCUAGGUAUUAUAUAAUUUGAAUAUAGCUUGUCCAACUUAUUGUACUAUGUGUAUAACAGCUGGAGUAUGUGUAGAUUGUUUAGUAUCAACAAAAAGAAUUAAUUCUCCAAUUUGUGAUUAAUGUCCUAUAAAUUAUUAUUUAGAAAAUGGAAAUGUAAAUUGUUAACCUUGUUAAACUGGAUGUCAUUAAUGUAUAAUUGGAACUUCUUGUGUUUAAUGUGCAAAUGGAUAUUUUAGAAAUCAAACUAAUUAAUGUAUAACAUAAUGUCCAGAUGGAUAGUUUAAUGAUUCUAGCAAUGUAAAUGAUCCUAAAUGUAGUAUUUGUGAUACUAACUGCAAAAAUUGUCAAACAUUAGCAACAACUUGUACUGCAUGUAAGGGAUUAGCUAUUCUUGUAUCAGGACAUUGUUAUUUAUGUACUGAAGGUCAAUAUUUAUCAGAUACUACUUGUGUACCAUGUAUAAAUAAUUGUUAAAAAUGUUCUACUAUCACUUGCACAACUUGUUAAGAUUCUUUUUAUUAUAAAUCAUCAACUAAUGAAUGCCUUACUAUUUGUGAUCCAGGAUAUUUUGCUAAUACAUUUACAUAAACAUGUGAUUAAUGUCAUUCUAGUUGUUUAACAUGCUUAGCUGGUACAACUGAUGGUUGUCUUACAUGUCCAUCAGGAAAAGUGCUUAAUGUCCAAAAUAUCAUAAGUGGAGAAUGUUUCAGUAACUGCUUACUUGGAUUCUAUAAAGUAGAUGAUAUUUGUGUCAAAUGUUGGAAAGGUUGUUCUGCAUGUAUUGAUUCAACCUAAGGUUGUUUAACAUGUGCAAGUAAAUUUUAUAGAUUGAGAACUACUGGUUGGUGUUAUUAAACAUGUCCUGAUGGAUAUUAUAAUAAUAAAAUAGGUUAUGUUUGUUCUCCUUGUAAUUCUUCUUGUAAGACUUGUAAUGGAUUUUUUGAGGAAAAUUGUCUAUCUUGUAAUCCUCCUUUAGCUUAUUUUGAAAAUUAAUGCUUGAUAGAAUGUUAUGAUGGUUAUGGUAGCUUCAACAAUAUCUGUGAACCAUGUGCAGCAAAUUGUAAAAAAUGUUUUGGUACAUAACCAAAUUAAUGUUUUCAGUGCAUGAUAGGAUUUUAUACUCUUAAUAAUUAAUGCUAUUUAAAAUGUCCUAAAUCAUUCAUUGGAAUUAGACCUUAAUAUAUUUGUAAAUGCAUUUAUGAAAAUUGUAUAAAUUGCACUGCAUCUUAAUUUUUCUUGAAUAACUAAUGUUAUUCUAUUUGUCCAACUGGUUAUUUUGGAUAUAAUGGAUUAUGUAUAUAAUGUUAUCCAACUUGUGGAACUUGUUUUGGAGAAAGAAUAGAUGAAUGUAGUACAUGUAAUAGUGGCUUAAUUUUUUAUAAAAAUACUUGUAUAACAGAUUGUUUAGGAAAUCUUUAUCAUGAUGUUUUAAAUAAUGCAUGUAAGAGCUGUCACAUUGAAUGUAUUGCAUGUACAGGACCUAAUAAUGAUAAUUGUACAGCUUGUCCUGACGAUAAAUUAUUAACUAUCUAUAAUUAAUGUUAAGAUUAAUGUACAGAUGGUUCAUACCCUAUUUUAAAUGAAAAACGAUGUUAUUUAUGUCAUGCAACUUGUAAAACUUGUUUUGGACCUUCUGAUGAAUUUUGUUUAACUUGUACAAACUUAUUCUAAGCAAAUAAAUGUGUUGAUAGUUGUUCAUCCGGAUUUACAUUAAAUGCUAUUGGUACAGUUUGUGAUUCAGAUUUUCCUCUUAUUAUUGGGACAUGUUCAUAUUAAUGUAAAACAUGUGAAUUAGCUCCAAGAUUUUGUAAAGUAUGUGGAGGAAAUCGUACUCCAAAUCCCCCUAAUUGUAAUUGUGAAGCUGGUUAUUUUGAUGAUGGAAUCAAUGUUAAUUGUCCUAAAUGUACAAACAAAUGUUUAACAUGUAAAGGAUUAGCUAAUUUUUGUCUUAAAUGUAAAGGUGAUAGACUAUUACCUUAAUGUAUUUGUCCUGAAUUGUAUUAUGAUGAUGGAGAAUCAGUUAAUUGUAUUAAAUGUUAAGAUAAUUGUAAAACUUGUGAUGAAAAUGGAUGUACAUCAUGUUUAGGAGAUAGAAUUAAUAAUCCGAUUUGUGAAUGUCCUAAUGGUUAUUUUGAUUCUUAUCAAACCUAUUGUUAAGAAUGUGCUAAAAAAUGUGUUACAUGCAGUGGAACAGCAGAACUUUGUGAUAUUUGCUCAGGUUUAAGAGAUUAUGCACCUAUUUGCUUAUGUCCAGAUGGUUAUUUUGAAAAUUCUGAUGAAGAAUGUUAACAAUGUGAUUCAACCUGUAAAGAUUGUAACCAAUAUGGAUGUUUAUCUUGUUUUGGAAAUAGAGUAGGACCUAAUAAUGGGGAAUGUAAAUGUGAUAAAAAAGGAAUUAGCAGAUUUAGUAUUGGAUCUGCCUAUUGUACUGAUUGUUCAUUAGGAGUACCAUAUUUUGGAUUAAAUGAAGAAUUUACUGGAUUUUAUUUUGAUUUUGGAGGAUCUGCUACCUAUGAAAAUGUAUAAGGUACUACUGAUAAAUGUGAAGCUUUCUUUGAAAUAGAAACACUUCAAAAAUUAGGCACUAAACCUACCUGUAAUUCAGACUUCUCUGUUAUCUUUGGAGAUAAUGCAAAUAUUAAAGUUGGUGAUACUAUCAAACUAAAACCAUCUUUUAUGUUAACAGGAUGCAUUUAUAAAUUUAAAUAGAUUCUUUCAAUGCCUCUUUUAAUUCCAUCUACUAUUGAUCUAAAUACCCAUAAACCAAAGGUUAAAUUUAAUGAUUUAAGUUCCCUAAAUAUUUGCUCAAAUGUGGUUAUUAAAUUUGAAGAAUUAAUUUAUAAUGGAAAACAAAAUUUUAAAAUAAUUUAAUGGAAUUAAUAUGUCCCAUCAACAAUUGAUCCAUAAAUCUAAACUAUAAUAAAUGCUCAUACUCUUAAUCAAAGUGAUUUUCUGAUUUUUCCACCAAAAGUUUUUUAAACUAAUGUUAGAUAUAAAUUUGGUGUUACCAUUGAAAGCUUCGCUAAAUUAUAAAAUACAAUUUAUUGUUAAUUUUAAGCAUCUCUAUAAUCAAAAAUUAAUUUUUAUCCAACUUCCAAUAUUAAUCAAUCUCAUAGAUAUGAUCCAAUUUCACUUUAAUCUCAGAUUUCCUAUUCAAAUUGUAUUGACAUGAUUUAUCCAGAACAAAAAUUAUUCUAUGAAAUAAAAUUGAAAAACACGAAACAAUAAUUAUUAAAUGGAACAUUGACAGAAAAUUUAAAAGAUGGGUUUGUCUUUGAUGUUCCUCUUAAUUUCAAAGAAUAUUAUUUUAAUUUUACUAAUCCUUAUAUUUUAAUUUUCAAUACUUUACUAACCAGACCUGAUUAUACUGUUAUUAAUUCAUAAACCUUUGAAAUAUACAUUGUUCCAUCAAUUCCAAUAAUUACAAUAAUUGAUGGUAAUAGAAUGAUUGGUUUUACAGAAACCUUAAUUUUAAAUACUACAAUUACAGAUAAAGAUUUAACAUCAGAAGAAUAAUCUAAAAUGAAUUAUGAAUGUAAUUGGAGUUGUUAAGAUAUUGUUAAUGGAACUGCUUGUGUUAAUACUUAAAAUUAGAUAAUUAUUUUCGACAAGAGUUGUAACCAAUAUUUGCCUCCUCGUACUUUUGCUCCAUAUUAAGUAUUUAACUUUGAAGUAGGGAUAUUAAAAGAAGAAGUUUUUUAUUCAACUAAAAUUUCAAUAUAAUUAACUGAAACAGAUUUACCUGCCUUAAUAGUAUCAGGAGCUAAUGAAUUAGAGUCUCAUAAUUAUUAUGAUGAAUUUAUUUUUAAAUUAAUAUAUCCUGAAAUUAAUCCUGAUGCAUUAACAUAUGCAGGAGCAGUAAUUUACGACUCAGUUGUUUAGGCUACAUUCUAAUUUUAUUAUUUGGAGUUUAAAUUCAAAGUCUAAGACUAUUUUACUAAUUUUCAAGAUUAAUUAGGAACAGGUGUGAAAUUAAGACUUUCAGUUUAUGAUCCACGUUUUAUAUUACCAUCUUUAAAUACACAAAUUUUAACAAUGAAUAUUCCACCAAACAAUUGUGUUUUGGAUAUAAAUUAAAAUUAAGGAUUUGUUGAAUUCAUUGAAUUCCUUUAUGUGUAAAUUCUUAAUUGUACAGAUAGUGAUAUCCCUCUUUGGUAUAGUGUUUGGGUAUUUCCAAAUGAAUCAAUUUAUUAAUAGGAUCUAGUUUAAUCUAAAUUUUAUAAUUACAUCUAGGUUUAACCAUAUUAAUAAACAAAUAAAUUCAAGUUUUAUUUACCAUAUUUUAAUGAUAAGAAGCAGCUUCUUGUGUUCAACAUCUUGGAUAAUAAUGGAGGAGUUAUUAAUAUAACAUAAACAUUUGAAGUUAAAUAAUAUUUAUAGAUUGAUGAAACUACUUUUAGAAAUUACGAGAAGUAAAUAAUUGGUUUAGAUCAAUAAUUAAUUGGAUAUAAUUUAAUCACUGAAAGAUUAAAGACAUUAAAUGGGUUAUCUGAAUACAAAGAAGAGAUAUUUUAUAAAUUAUUGACUUUUGAUAAAAACUAAGCACUUCUUGGUAAUUAAUCAGAAAGUUUAUAAAGAUCUAUAUCUAAAUUAUUGAGUAUGAAUUCAACUCUAUUAAAUUUAAAUGAAUCUUUGUUACUCAAUUAGAUAAAUUAAAAAAGAACUUAAGCUUUUUCAUAAUUGAUGAUAUUUUUUAAUUUAUAAAAGAAAAAUGAAUUAACUUCAGCCUAAAAUAUUGAAAAAAUGUAUUUAAUUUCCAAAUACUAUACAUUUAUAGAUAUAUUAUCAUCUUGUCUUAAUAAUAGAAUUCAAAAAAACUAAACAUCAGUUGAUAUUUAAAAUGAACUUUAAUAAAUGCAAUCUGAUUUAUAGACAAUAAGUGUAGCUAAUGAACCACUCUAUAAAAUUUAAACAAAAUCAGCAAAUUUUAAUUUUGGAUUUCUUACAACAAAAAAAUUAGAAGAAAUAACAGGAUCUAAAACAAUUACUUAAAAUACUUAGUUGGAUGAAGAGAGUAACUAAUAAAAUAAUGAUUUGAAUACUUCUACAAAUUUCUAUAAAUUUUCCCUGAUUAGAUAUAUUGAUAAUCCAUUCUAUGCUAAUAAGAACUUUCCAAAGAAUAGUAGUGGAUAUUAAGCAGUAGAUACAAAAAUCAUGGCAGAAAAUUAAACUAAGAUUUAAAAAUUAAAUCCUUAAAUGAAAUUCAAAUUUCCAACAACAAAAAAAUUAGAAAAUAAUAAAUCAUUAAAAUGUAUAAUUGAAAUUAAAAGUGAAGAAUGGAAUGCAGAUGUUUGUAAUACUGUAGAAAAAGAUGGAGAAACUACAUGUUAAUGUGAAUCAUUAAAUCCAACUUCUGUAAUGGAAUCUUAUAAUUUUAUUGCUGAUAAAACUACUAAGGUUUUUUCUUUAGAUACUUUAUUGGCUUUUUAAUCAUUUCCAUUUUAUAAAACAAUUGUUUUUUAUCUUUAUAUUGGAAUAACAGUUGUUUAUUUAUUAGUUGUUUAUUGGGGUGUUAAAGUUGAUAAUGAAAUGCUUAAUAAAAUACAUGCAGAAUAAGAAUUAGCAGAAUAAAAAUUAAAAGAGCAAAAAUUAAAAUUAGAGAAUAUUGAAAGUGAUCCAUAAAUUAAAGAAAUCAAUGAUAACAAGUUAGAUUCUGAUUCUUUUUAAUAACUUGAAGAAGUUAAAGAUUUUGAUACACCACAAAUUUCUUCUCUACCAAAAUUAGAAAGAAAUAUAUUUAGUAAUCCUAAGUCUUAUAAAAAAGUAAUACUUGGUAAUCGAGUUUCGAUGAUUCAUUCUCCUUAAGAAUUAAUACUUAAGCAAUCUCCUAAGUCAAAACGUGAUUAUUAAAUUAUCUUAAAUCUAUAAAAUAUUGAUGAUUCAGAUAAAUAAUUGAGCAAUAAAUAAAAAGAACAUUAAUAACAAUAAGAUUAAAUGCAAUAACCAAAAGGUUUAAAGAAUUUAAUGAUUAAACAUUUAAUUUCUAGAAUUAAAGCUUAUAUUGAAUAUCUUAAGUUUUUUCAUCAGUUAUUACAGAUUAUUUAUAAAUCAGAUCCAAAAAAACCUCGUGGAUUAAGAGCAUCAAUUGUUUAUACAAGUAUUUUGGGUAGUUUGGCUGUUUUAUUUAUAUUUAAUUAACCCAAUAAUCUUAGCUUUACAGUUACAUUAGCAUUGAUAACUGCUCCUGUUAAUAAGAUAUAUUAAAUUAUUUUAGAAAAAACACUCUCUCAUAAAAAGAAGAUUGUUAGAUAGAUUGGAGCAGUUUUUAUGAUAAUAAGUGCUGGUCUUAUUUCUUAUGUUAUGUUAGCAGGUUUGGUUAUGAUGGAUUCAGUUGAAACUUCAAAUUAAUGGAGUUAUAUCUUUUUCUUAACUUUUACUUUGGAUAAUUUAUUUUAUUCACCAAUUACUUUAAUUUUCUAAUAUGCAAUACAUAUGGAAAUCAUCAAGAUACCCAUUCUUUCUUAGUUAUUUGAUAAGAUUCUUGAUGAAGCAGCCAAGGAAUUUUUGUAUGGUUUAAUAGAUGAGUUAGGAAGACAAGAAUGA